UCAAAACUCCUCGAGAAAAUCAACUUAAUUUCUUUUCGGUUUUUCCAUAAUAUCCUGCGAUAAAAAAAAACAACACAGCAGGUCAUCCACCAAACUACUACUCUAUAACAGAAUAAAAAAAAAAACGUAGACAGAGAGAGUGAAACGUUAGAGACUUCCCCAGUUUGAGUCCAAGCGAAAACGUAGAUGUUUCCGAAGCCCUUCACUGUCUACGGCGUUCAUUUCGAGCUACCCUCGUUGUUUUAGAGAAAACCACCCCAAAACCUCUCAAAACAGCCGGGAAAAGGUAGAUUAUACGAUGGAUCCAUGCCCAUUUGUUCGUUUGAUCGUCGAAUCAUUAGCUUUGAAACUCCCACAAGCCACCAAACCAGCCGGUUCUGGCGUUUACCCAACAACGACGCCGUGUUUUUGCAAGCUCAGACUCAAAAACUUCCCGUCUCAAACAGCUUUGUUACCCCUCAGCAAUAGCUCCAGUGACUCGCCCCCCGAGUCCUCCACCUCUGCCGCCGGUUUCCACCUCGAUGCUCUAACGCUCCGGCGUCUCUCCGGCAAGCCCGUGACGCUAUGCAUCGAAGUCUACACUGGCCGCAUGGGCCGCACGUGCGGUGUCAGUUGUGGGAAGCUGGUGGGUCGGUUUCAGGUUACCGUGGACUUGGGAGUGUCACAAACCAGGCCUUCAGUGUUCCAAAAUGGGUGGAUGAAACUGGGUAACGAACCGAACAAGCCAACCGCCAAGCUUCACUUAACGGUCAGGGCUGAACCCGAUCCCCGGUUCGUUUUCCAAUUCGGUGGAGAACCGGAAUGUAGCCCUGUCGUGUUUCAAAUUCAAGGCAACAUUAGACAACCCGUUUUCAGUUGCAAGUUCAGCGCCGAUCGUUCAAGAUCUCGAUCCCUCCCACCAGAUUUCACCAACAAGAAUAGAGGAUGGAUGAGAACAUUAUCAGGAGAAAGGGAAAGGCAAGGAAAGGAGAGGAAGGGAUGGAUGGUAAUGAUAUAUGAUUUAUCUGGCUCUCCUGUUGCGGCUGCUUCAAUGAUCACUCCAUUUGUACCCUCCCCCGGCUCAGACCGUGUUUCUAGAUCAAAUCCUGGUGCAUGGCUAAUACUCCGCCCUCACGGCUUCUCAGUCAGCAGCUGGAAACCAUGGGGUCGUCUAGAGGCAUGGCGAGAACGGGGUCCUAUUGAUGGCUUGGGCUACAAGUUUGAGCUUGUCACUGAGAAUGGCCCUAACAAUGGUAUCCCUAUUGCUGAAGGUACCAUGAGUGUCAAAAAGGGUGGCCAAUUUUGUAUAGAUAGGAGAGUAUCAAGAGAUUCUGCAUUGAGUUUAAGGUCACCCGUUAAAGGAUUUGUUAUGGGUUCGACUGUUGAAGGUGAAGGAAAGGCUAGUAAGCCUGUGGUACAAGUUGGGAUGCAGCAUGUGACUUGCAUGGCAGAUGCUGCACUGUUUAUUGCACUUUCAGCUGCCAUUGAUCUUAGCAUGGAUGCCUGCCAACUUUUCUCACGUAAACUCAGGAAGGAGCUUUGCCAUGAUGAACAGGAUUCCUCUUCUUAAACCUUUGCUAAAACCCUACUUCACUGCUAAUUUCACUUCGGCUGCUGUGAUAACCAGUCAGUUUUAGCUUUUCGUCAGUAAAUCACUGUUAUAUUUUCCACCCUUCAUGUUUCUCAAAAUUCUUUUCCGUUUGGGGUGUUGCUGCUGAUCUGGUUUGGGAGGCUCUUUUUCGGUUUGACAACAUCGUAUCCAUAAUUCACACAGUUUUUGAUCGUUUUGAUCUUUAGUCUGUGUUUGUCAACACAAUAUACAAGGAACAUUUCUUUUGUCGUUGGGUUUAUACCCUACAGACUGAAAUUGUAUAGACAAAAAUUCAUUUGUUUCAUUGUUAAUUUCUUCGUAGUUACCUUUUCAUUCUUUAAUUUUGUCAAUAGCAUUAUUUUAGAAACAAUUGAAUUUGCUUGGAUGGCUGAUUCAAGUUUCAAUGUACUUCACCAUUGCAAUUUAAGCCUUCAUUCUCCUUUUGUGGCAGUAUGGUUAAUUAUACUGUUCAUUUAUUCUACAAGAUAAAUAGCAAUUUGAGUCAU